UCUGCCUAGGUAUCACUUUGUUUUACUAUAUUUAACAUUUAAUAACUCCAGACCCUUACCCAUCUUGGAAAGUCACACCGAAAUCACGUUACAUCUCUUGCCAAGCACCAGCCAAUCAUCUUCAGUGUUCUCGGCACGCAUCUCAACCUCAUCUCAUCGACCUUCUUCAUCAAGCAACGUCUUCAUCUUCCACCCCACUUUCAUUUACUAGCCCAAUACUCCCAACCAUGAGAGUAAUACAUAAAUAUGGCGCUUCCACUCUCAAUCCUGAUGUUCGCGAUCAUCGCGGUCCUCCACACAAUGUUCCUCCCUAAUAUCUUCUCCCGUUGGCUCGCAGCUACAUCUGUCAUAUCAUCCUCCUCAAAACAUUCUCACCAGCCUCUACUGCGUGUUAAUGAAAAGAAUGAGUUUCAAAUUACGAUUUUCUCGGAUCUGCAUUAUGGCGAGGAAGAGAGUGGAUGGGGGAUUGAUCAGGAUGUGUCUUCUACCAAGGUGAUGAAUGCAGUUCUGAAUUAUGAGGAAUCGGAUUUUGUAGUGCUGAACGGUGACCUCAUAACCGGCGAAAACACCUUCCUCACAAACUCCACCUCCUACCUUGACAUCAUCGUCGAGCCUCUUGUCCAACGGAAAAUUACCUGGGCAAGCACCUACGGCAACCACGACUCGCAAUUCAACCUCUCACGAACUGCUCUCUUCGCCCAAGAAAACAAGUAUGAUCUUUCAUACACGCGGUCGUCACCUAAGGGUGUGGCCGGUGUGACGAAUUACUACUUACCUGUUUAUCCACGAGAAGAAAAUUGCCAUGGAACUGCAUCUACAUCUUGCGCACCGCUCGCUAUACUGUGGUUUCUCGACAGUCAAGGCGGUGCACCGUUCCAGAAUCCCCCUGGUUCGGAGCAGAUCCCAGACUGGGUCGACCCCUCAAUCGUCGAGUGGUUCACGGCUGAAUCUAACUCCGUGACUAAAAAGUACAAGAAAGUCAUCCCGAGUAUAGUAUUCGUGCAUAUCCCGCCCUCGGCAUUCCUCACUGUGCAGGAAACGCUGCUGCCGAAUGUGGGUGAUGAGUCGGUGCAUUUUCCCGGAUUGAAUGAUGAUGUGCCACUUGCGAGACAGGGGGAUGGGUGGCAGGAUGAGGGGUUUAUGAAGGCGUUGAGGGAGGUGAGGGGGGUGCAUAGUGUGUUUUCGGGGCAUGAUCAUGGGGAGGGGUGGUGUGCGAAUUGGCCGGGUGGGGAGGACAAUGGGAAGGUUGAAAGAGAGAGUGGGAGUGGAAAGGGAAAGGGUAGGGGCCCGCAUUUGUGUUUUUGUAAACAUUCUGGGUAUGGAGGGUAUGGGAAUUGGAAGAGGGGUGUGAGGGUGGUCAAGUUGGGAUUUGAGGGGGUUAGUGGAUAUGGGGGUGGGAAAGGAGAGACAGGAGAGAUGGAUGUGGAGACUUGGGUGAGGAUGGAGAGUGGGAAGGUGGUGCAGAGGGUGGGGCUGAAUGAGACGUAUGGAAUCGACGUCUAUCCGUUGGAGGAUGGAGAGGAAGAUUGAGCAGCUGUAUUGUAAUACUCGAUUGACCUAUAGAAAACUUGCAUGGCAUAUACAUAAUAGGUGACUUCAUUGCGAUUUAUCGGGGGGCUCGGUUGUAAUCGAGAAUGGUGGAGAUUGGUGGACAGCAGGAAGUAACGAAUUUUCAACUCAAUGUCCAAGCUUAAAAACUCUGAUCUGU